CGUCGGCGAGCGCUGCAAGCAGGGCGUGCGCUGCGGCGAAGCGAGACUCAAUCUCGACAUCUCGUGCGGCGCCGAGACGGCGAUGACGUCGCGCAACUGCAGCACCCCCUGCCGGCGCGCCUUCCUCACGUUCGCCGUCACCGACAUGGGCUACGAGUAUCUGGAGCGGUGCGCGUGCGACGCCGCCGACUGGCGCUGCAAGAACACGAAGACGGCGCACCGACUGUGCAAGGACGUCGACGUGCGCACCGGAAACGGCGUCGACUGUGACGUCGCGGAGGAGCGCUGUCGCCACGACGUCACCUGCAACCUGGGCCUCACCUACUUCCGCAGCCACUGCGGUGACAUGCUGGAGGGGGAACAGUGCACGGAGCUGUGCAAUCGGACGAUAUCCGUACUCUACUGGUCGCAGACGGGGGCCGACUUUCUCUUCUGCGCCUGCAGCGAGCGCUCGGCGAGAACCGAGUGCGAUAUGCGACGCAUGUUCAUGCACGAGCUGUGCGACUUCCCGCACGAGUCGCGCCGACGCAGCGACCGAGACGCCGCUACGCCGACGUCGGCGUCGCCGUGGGUCGUCGCCAUCGCCGCGGCGGCUGCGUGUGUCGUCGCGUCGCUCGCGCGCGUGGAGCUACCGCCGACGCCGUGA